GUGUUCCAUUCCAGUACUAGGACGGACGGACGGACGGACUGUCCCAAAUACUUACAUUUUCCGAUCUACGUUGAGUUGUAGUAGUAGUAGUUGUAGUAGUGGUAGUGGUAGUAAUAGUUUGUUGACCAAUUCUCCCCUGUUUUUGUUCAUCUGCUAGGGGUUUGAGGAAUGAAUUGUUUUCCCAAGGAACUACGGAAUUCGAAACCCUAAGAACGACAAUGCGAGAGAUUGGUUAGUAUUAUUAAGCCUUUUUCUAUUUCCGUUCAAGAUUGACUACUGCAUUUUCGAUCCAUGGAACGCCAAGGGUUACCGAUUCCGAUGAAAUGGAGAGUGCACGUCUGGAUCCUUGUGUAGGGUAAUGCGUAUGCGUAUGCCUGUACACGAAUCUAUAUGCAGGCAUGAUGGCGUCUGUUGUUGCUCAGUUGUUGCCCACUAGUGUCUCUUCCAAUUGUAUCCGCCGAAACCACCGCCAGGUCUCCGUGUUUCUCCCAAAUUCGUCAGAAGCAAUAUCGUCAUUUCCGGGAAAAAACAGCAGCAAUAAGGGGGCCCGCCAUCAAAUUGCUUCUAGGGUUCCGACAGGGUUACCGCCCUUGCCGAGGAGGAGGAGGAGGAGGAGAGGCUCAUUGGCUGUGGUCCACUCUAGGCUCAACGCUACUGACCUGCGCAUUGUCGAUACAACGACGACCACCACCACUAACAGCAAGAACGACGGUGAUACUCUGACAAAGCGGACCGUUGUAAUUCCCGUCACUUGCUACCAGAUUAUUGGUGUUCGGGACCGAGCAGAGAAGGAUGAGAUUGUUAAGUCUGUGAUGGAGCUGAAAAAUGCAGAGAUUGAAGAAGGUUACACCAUGGACGCUGUUGUUUCUUGUCAGAAUCUGUUAAUGGAUGUGAGGGAUAAGCUUCUUUUCGAACCUGAAUAUGCUGGUAAUUUAAAGGAGAAGGUCCCACCUAAAUCUACUCUUUGUAUCCCUUGGGCUUGGUUGCCUGGGGCUCUUUGCCUUCUUCAAGAGGUUGGAGAGGAGGAACUUGUGCUUGAUAUUGGCCGAGCAGCCCUCCAGCAUCCAGAUGCCAAACCUUAUAUUCACGAUGUGCUUCUGUCCAUGGCAUUAGCAGAGUGUGGAAUUGCAACAGUUAGUUUUGAGAAGAACAAUAUUUCCCAAGGCUUUGAAGCUCUUGCUCGUGCUCAGUGUCUGCUUAGGAGCAAAAUAUCUCUUGGGAAGAUGAAAUUGUUAUCCCAGAUAGAAGAAUCAUUGGAAGAGCUUGCACCUGCAUGCACAUUGGAAUUAUUGGGCAUGCCCUUGACACCUGAAAAUGCUGAGCGAAGAAUAAGAGCUAUUGCAGCUCUGCGUGAACUGCUUAGACAGGGCCUGGAUGUGGAAGCACAAUGCCAGGUUCAAGAUUGGCCAUGCUUCUUGAGUCAAGCACUUAAUAAGCUCAUUGCUGCAGAAAUAGUUAAUCUCCUUCCUUGGGAUAGUUUGGCUGUUACAAGAAAGAAUAAGAAAUCCCUUGAAUCACAGAAUCAAAGAGUUGUAAUUGAUUUUAACUGUUUCUUCAUGGCAAUGAUGGCACAUAUUGCUCUUGGAUUUUCAAGCAAGCAAAUGGAUCUGAUUAACAAAGCAAGAACAAUUUGUGAAUGUUUAAUAGCCUCAGAAGGUGUUGAUUUAAAGUUUGAGGAGGCUUUUUGCUUGUUUCUUCUUGGGCAGGCUGAUGAAUCAGAGGCUGUGGAAAGGCUUCAGCAACUUGAAUUAAAUUCUGAUCCUACUUUAGGAAAUUCAGAAUCAGGGAAGGACAUUAAAGGUGCCUCUAGCACAAAGCAAUCACUGGAAAAGUGGCUGAUGGAUAAUGUCCUUGGCCUGUUUCCUGACACACGGGACUGUUCUCCGUCUUUGUUCAAUUUUUUCAGUGGCGAAAAAAGAGGCUGCACUAGCAGGCAGAUUAGGGGAUCUCCACAGACGAUCCCUAGUAUAAGCCAGAGACCUAUUUCCCCUGCCCUUGUAUCAGAUCAAAGGGCUUUGGAGGAUCCCCUUUCACAUACAAACUCUACUCGGCAUAUUGGGCUAGCAGUAAAGCAGUUAGCUCCAGCCAAUUUGCAAGACACAUUAAUAGCUGGCAAGAAUAACAAUGAAAGCAAUGGUAGCAUCCCAUCUGUUCAGUUGAAAAGAAGUAUAGGUAUGCACCGUGAUAAAAUUUGGCAAAACUGGUUGAACCUAUAUGUGGUUGGAAAGAUAACCUUUGUGAUGGCACUGGGAUGUGUUCUGUUUGCGGCCCUUAAGCUAUCUGCGUUUCAGUUGUGGAAGAUGAAAAGUCCAACUAGAUUGCCUUCAGGAAAAACAGGCAUAUACACAAGUUCUCAUGUCUGUACCAAGGAUUCUUCUCUAGAUCAAAGUUUGGCAUCUGCUUGUAUGAUGGGAAAUAGUAUUGCCUACAGACUCAAGAAGCUACUGUCUGUGUUUAGGGUCCGUCUUGGCAACUACCAAAAUGCUGCCAAUUUGCAGAGUUCAUGCCGUACUGCUAAACUUUCAUCUUCUGUGACAGUAGUGUACAAGAAACCAAUGCCUGUUGAAGAGGCUGAAUCACUUGUCAAGCAAUGGCAAGCCAUCAAAGCUGAAGCUCUUGGGCCAAGCCAUCAGGUUCACAGUCUCUUUCAGGUUCUUGACGGGCCAAUGCUUGUUCAGUGGCAUGCUUUGGCUGAUGCGGCGAAAGCUAGGUCCUGCUUUUGGAGAUUUGUUUUGCUGAAAUUGUCUGUUGUAAGGGCGGAGAUCUUAUCAGAUGCGAUUGGAGCAGAGAUGGCUGAAAUAGAGGCUCUUCUGGAGGAAGCAGCUGAACUGGUGGAUGAAUCUCAGCCGAAGAAUCCAAAUUAUUACAGCACAUAUAGAAUUCAUUACUUUCUGAAACGGCAAGACGAUGAUUCGUGGAGGUUCUGUGAAGGUGAUAUCCAGACCACGUAAUUCCGUGCAGUCGAAGGAAAUUGCUAGAACCCAGAUGAAGCUGUUUCAGUCUAUUGUCAGAGGUUACUUGUAAAUGCUAACUAACAAAACUAGGGCUAGAUCCUAUUUGUUGGUAGGGAGUCUUUUUUGUUUCAAUUAUUUGAUUAUUUUUUUUUUCCAGACGUGUAAUUUUCUUGGGUUCUAGUUCUCCAUGUGGUGAGUGGCGUUGUUCGAUGCAAUAAACUUGGCAGACAAAGCCUUCCACGCAUGUGACAGUACUGUAGUUUAUGGUUGUGUUUUAGGUUGUUGCUGCUUGGCAGGGAAGCCAAAAUUGAGUGCCUUACCAACUAUUACCCUGCACCUGCAGAAGAAACGUAUUUGCUUCCCAGAAUGUCAUGGGAAUGAAAUCUAUAACUAUUUUACUUUUUGA